AUGACCGCCUCCGAUGCUCCAGCUCCGGUGCCGCAUGGAAAAACACUCGUGGACGGGUAUCGGGAUGCUCUGGACCCCCAACAUGAGGAGCGGUCACGAUAUAACCCACUCAACUCGACCCACCCGCGAAGCUCGGCUCUCCUGAAUGCCAACGACCCCGUGGCCAUGUACCUGUUGACCGAGACCGCGAUAGGGGAUAGUACGAACUACGAAGUGCUGUCCUUUGAGGAGGUGGAAGAGCUGAAGAAGGAAGUCACCUUACUGUCCACUCGCAUCCAGGGCACGAAACGGAAACUGGCGCUUGAAACAAAACUGCGUGAUGCGGCGCAAUCUCUCGGUAGACUCUACAGCCCGCCCAGCCCGCGGAGCAGCGGCGAAUACAAUUCCAAUGGCGGCUCAAACGCCCGGAUGAGCCGGGGCGUAUUUGGUCGUAGUGGGGCUUCUGAUGCCCUCGACAAGAGCGACUCCGAACUCGCGGUCAGCCAGCGGCGAUGUGAAGAAUUGGCGCAGGAACUCUGGAAGCUGGAGAAGAGGUCCCAGAAGAUCAGCCAGCGCUUGCUGGAACACACUGCGGGUGUCUUGCAGAUGACACACAAGGGUCUGAAGAAGGGUCCCAAGAACCCUGCUCCACGCGAUUCGGAUAGCACCUAUGAUGAUCACAAAUUCGAUGACCGCAGUCUCUACCGGGCGGCCGAGCAUUUGGAUAACUUUGGCUUCCACGGAAAGAGUGAGACCAACCCCGCCGCCGCAAUGAAUACCGAGGCCAUGCAGGCUACAGAACGACGAUUGGAGGAACUUAGCGAGCGCAUGCAUGACAUGAUGAUACAGUCCAACCCCGGUGAAUUCAUCGAUCCUCCCCCGCAGCUGUCAGGAGGCGGAGGGCCUGUCAAUCCCACAGCAACGGUUGAAGCUCACCUGGCCUAUAUCCAGAAUGGCAUGAACAACAUCGUCUUGCAUACGGGAGACGUUCCUACUCCUGUGGUUGCUCGCAACAUUGCACCUGAAAUUGAGGGCGCCUGGAAACAACAACUCACCAAAAUCAACAAUCAAGUGCAAACCAUCGUUGAUCGGUUUGGUUUGACCCGUUCGCCAACCUUGCCUCCGCCCCCUGACGCGUCUCACGGCGAAGGGCUGGAAGAACAACUCUCAUACCUUCAGACUGGGUUAGAUGGCCUAGAGAGUCGAGUGGAUGGAGUACUUGAGCAGAAGAGUAUUCUCACCACACAAAUCCAGCAGCAACGCGAGCUCAACUCCAAGUCAGACGCCGAACGAGAUGCUCAUAUUGGCGACCUAACAGAACAGUUGACCCACGCUCGUAGAGAGCUUGAAGUAUCUGAGCGUGGAAGCAACGCCAACCGCGACGAGCUGGCUCUUGUCAUGGAACAGCUCAACGCAAUGCGCCACAGUGGCUCUUCUCAGGAAGAAACCAAGGCGACUCUAGUUCAGGCCGAGGGCGAAGUCGCACGUUUGCAAAGCGUUGUUACCUCGUUGCACGGCGAAUCUGAUGCCAGGAUCAACGAAGUCAGAGAAGCCCGAGAUGCUCAAGAUCAAGCAGAAGCCGAGGUUAAGCGCCUGCAACACUACAUCGACGAUGUGCAAAGAGACAACGAUGACAGAGCCGAGGAAAUCAGUGAUGCCCGCGACCGUGCAGAAGGCGAGGUCAAGCGGCUACAGGCCGUCAUUGUAUCAUUGCAAAAUGAUGUCGAAGCUAAGAGCGAAGAGGCCAGAGAGGCCCUUGACGAUGCGGAAGAUGAAGUGAAGCGUCUACAAGCGGUCAUUACAUCUCUUCAGAAUGAUACCGAUGCUGAGCUCGAGGAGGCCAGAGAGGCUCGCAACCAUGCGGAAGACGAGGUCAAGCGUCUACAGGUCGCCAUUGACUCCCUGCAAAAUGACACCGCCGUCAAGAGCAAAGAGGCCAUGGAGGCUCGCGACCGCGCGGAAGAUGAAGUUAAGCGUCUAAACGUCGUCAUUGUGACUUUGCAAAACGACACCGAUGCUAGAAGUGAGGACAUCAAGGAAGCCCGGGACCGUGCAGAGAACGAGGUUCAGCGCCUACAAAGCGUCGUUGAAACACUGCAGAACGAUAGCGAUUCCAGAUCGGAGGAAGUUAGGGGUGCUCGUGAUCGCGCAGAGCAAGAGGUGGCUCAGCUCGAAGCCGCAAUCCAGCAGAUCCGGAUUCAAUCCGAUGCUCGUAUUAAGGAAGCAGAUGAUCAGCGCGCGCAGUCUGACAGCAAUACUACUCGCCUACAGAAUGAGAUGACUGAGCUCGAAGGCGAGAUUGUGCGGAUCACAACUGAACUGACAAUGGUCAAGGCAGAGCUAGACGGCGCCUAUGGUACCCGAGCCGAACGCGCUGCAGAGGUAUCUUCCAACCCUAGUAUCCAAAGGGAGAACGAUGCUCUGGUUACCCGAAACAUCGAGCUCACGGAGGAACUUGCCGUCCUGAAGAGCCAGCGAGGAGGUGGUGAUCUUCAACAGCGGGCCGAUACUCUUGAAAGAGAACUUCGUGAGACCAUCGAUGACUACGAAGCCAUGACGAAAGCAAGCAUCGAGUUUGAGAAGGAACGCGAACGCUUCGAAAGUUUCAUUGACAGUCUUCGGGAUCGUUGCGAACAACUCGAGACACAACUGGCAGAAGAACGUAUCAGCUGGAUGAACUUGAGUAGUCCCACAUCUGUGGGCCGCGAUGGCACAUCUGAGACGACCUCUACUAUGGUGCUCAAGAAUGAGUUCAAGAAGAUGAUGCGUGACACACGCAACGAGAACAUGAAGAUACUGAGAGCCGAACAAGAAGAGCGUCGCAGAAUUGAAGGGUUGCUGCGAGCCCUAAGAAAGGAGCACGCCCAAGUGACUGGCAGGCCAAUGCCCAGCCCAGGUGGAACUCCAUUAUGA